GCUGACAUCUGUGGAUUUUUUGACGACUCAAGUGAAGAAUUAUGCCGUCGCUGGAUGCAAGUGGGAGCUUUCUAUCCUUUCAGCCGCAACCACAAUGCUCAGGGCUACAAGCCUCAGGAUCCAGCAGCAUAUGGGGCAGGCUCACUUCUGGUGGAGAGCUCCAAACACUACCUGAGGAUUCGUUACACACUGCUUCCGUAUCUCUACACACUCUUCUUCAAAGCCAGCACCACAGGGGAGACCGUAGUACGUCCCCUCAUGCAUGAGUUUUACUCUGACAAAGCUACCUGGGAUGUGGAUCGCCAGUUUCUCUGGGGGAAACACUUGCUCAUCACACCUGUACUGGACCCGGGCGUGGUUAUGUUGGACGCAUAUAUCCCAGACGCUUUGUGGUAUGACUAUGAGACGAUGAAACCAUUGGCAGAGCGCAGACAAAAAAUUAAGCUGCAUCUACCGGGUGACAAGCUUGGUUUACAUAUAAGAGGCGGUGCUGUUCUCCCCACGCAGAAAGCAGCUGUCACCACCACAUACAGUCGACGCAAUCCAAUGGGUCUGAUUAUUGCUCUUGAUGACAAAGCCCAGGCUGCAGGGGAGCUUUUCUGGGAUGAUGGAGAUUCCAGAGACACUGUUAAAAAAGGAAACUACAUCCACUACAAAUUUACUGUUCUCCAUGGGGUACUCACCAUGCAGGUGAUGCAUGCUGGCUACAGGGAUCCCAACAACCUACAUUUUGAAAACAUCACAAUCUUAGGGGUUCCCCAUCCUCUUGUGUCUGCCUCUGUGACACACGUGGGCUCUGGGUCACAUGGAAACUCUACGACCAUUGUUCCAGAUUCCAGCAUAGAGCAUGAUGCAACCAAGGAGGUGCUGUUCAUACGACGCUUGUCUUUAACUCUGGGGGAGACGUAUCUUGUGCGUUGGGAGGUGGUGCAAGAGGAGUACCAGCGUGUUGACUGCCACCCCGAGGAGCAUGCGGAUGAGGCAAAGUGCAAGGGCCGAGGAUGCAUCUGGAAGACAAGCAACAUUGACCGGGUUCCAUGGUGCUACUAUCCAAAAGACUAUGGAUAUCAUGUCAGAUUAAAUGAAGGAACCAUGUCUGGCUUUUGGGUUGAAAUCAUUCGGAACAAAAGGUACCAGAGCAGGGCCCACUCGGAGUCUCGUGACAUUGACAUCCUCCAUGUUCAGGUCACCUACCACAGCAGUAGCAUGCUGCAGUUCAAGAUCUGGGACCCGGCCACUGAUCGUUAUGAGGUUCCAGUUCCGCUCUCUGUCCCAACUGUUCCAAAUACUAAUGAGGACGAACGGCUUUACAAAGUCCUUUAUAAAAGUGAUCCAUUUGGGAUCCAGGUCAUACGGAAAAGCACUGGGACCACAAUCUGGGACUCAGCUGUGCCAGGUUUUACCUUCACAGACAUGUUUAUUCAAGUAUCAACACGUCUCUCAUCCAAGUAUAUUUACGGCUUUGGUGAGACCGAACAUUCAACAUACAAACAUGACCUGAACUAUCACACCUGGGGUAUGUUCGCCAAAGACCAGCCUCCUGGAUACAAGAUGAACUGCUAUGGAGUCCAUCCAUUCUAUAUGGGCCUCGAGACCACUACUGAUGCUCAUGGUGUGCUGCUGCUAAACAGCAAUGCAAUGGAUGUGACUUUUCAACCUAUGCCAGCUUUAACCUACCGAACUGUGGGAGGCAUCCUAGAUUUCUACAUGGUCCUAGGACCUACACCUGAGAAUGUUGUCCAGCAGUACACUGCUCUGAUUGGAAGACCUGUUCUACCUGCUUAUUGGUCCCUCGGAUUUCAGCUAUGUCGGUAUGGAUAUGCUAAUGACAAGGAGAUAGCAGAUCUAUACACACAAAUGAGGGCAGCGGGUAUUCCCUACGACGUGCAGUAUGCAGAUAUUGAUUACAUGAAACAGCAGCUUGACUUUGUCCUGGACCCAGAGUUUGCUGGACUACCUUCCCUGGUUAAUGACAUGAGAAAAGAGGGCAUGAGGUUCAUCUUCAUUCUGGACCCAGCCAUUUCGGGCAAUGAGACCAAUUAUCCUGCCUAUGAUAGGGGUAAGGCCGCAGAUGUCUUCAUUAAAUGGCCGAAAAAACUUAGCGAUGACAUCGUGUGGGGAAAGGUUUGGCCUGAUUACCCAAAUGUUGCAGUAAAUGAGUCUCUGGACUGGGACACUCAAGUAGAGCUCUAUAGGGCUUACACUGCCUUCCCUGACUUCUUCCGUAAUGCAACGGCAAAGUGGUGGCAUCAAGAGAUCAUGGAUUUCUAUCAGACAACUAUCAAAUUUGAUGGCCUGUGGAUUGACAUGAAUGAACCUGCCAGUUUUGUGCAUGGCACAGUGGGGGGGCAGUGUCUGGGUGACCCUCUGCUUGAGAAGCCUCUAUAUAUGCCAUUCUUGGAAUCUAAACAUCUUGGAUUAAAUCAUAAGACUCUGUGCAUGAACAGCGAACAGAUCCUCAGUGACGGGACACCAGUCAGGCACUAUGAUGUCCACAGCCUCUAUGGCUGGUCCCACACAAAGCCUACUUAUGACGCCUUGUUGAAUGUGACUGGUAGACGAGGUAUAGUGGUGACAAGGUCCACUUACCCCUCCAGUGGAAAAUGGGCUGGGCAUUGGCUAGGUGACAACAAUGCCAGUUGGGACCAGUUGUAUAAAUCCAUAAUAGGUAUGAUGGAGUUCAGUCUGUUUGGCAUCCCGUAUACUGGGGCAGACAUAUGCGGGUUCUUCAAUACAGCUAAGUAUGAGAUGUGCCUUCGCUGGAUGCAGCUGGGUGCCUUCUAUCCAUAUUCACGAAACCAUAACGGCAAGGGCAACCCGAGACAAGAUCCUGUUGCCUGGAACUCCACUUUUGCAGAGGCAUCUCGGAAAGUCCUGAACAUUCGUUACACACUUCUGCCAUACCUGUACACACUCAUGUAUGAGGCUCAUACAGAAGGAAACACGGUUGUCAGACCACUUUUGCAUGAGUUUACGAAGGAGAGAACUACUUGGGAUAUUCACAAACAAUUUCUCUGGGGACCUGCUCUUCUUAUCACUCCGGCCCUUGAUCCGGGAGCUACACAAGUUGAAGCCUAUGUUCCUGAUGCACGCUGGUAUGAUUAUCAUACGGCCAAAGAUGUCAAAGUGCGUGGCAAAAAGGUCUGGAUGAACACACCAAUGGACCAUAUCAAUCUACACAUCAGAGGAGGAUACAUCUUACCUUGGCAAAAACCAGAGAACACAACAUACUACAGCCGAAAGAAUCCUUUGGGACUGAUCGUUGCCCUAAGUGACAAUGGGACUGCUCAAGGAUUGUUCUUCUGGGAUGACGGUGAUGGAAUAGACACGGUUGAAAAAAGACAAUAUCUACUGACCUCAUAUGCUGUGAAAUCGAACACUUUGUCAGGUAGAAUUCUCCACAGCGGCUUGUUUGAAGCCGACCAUUUGAUCCUUGGCAUAGUGAAAGUCUGGGGGAUCAGCACGACUAUCACAGAGGUGACUCUUACGGAUGUGACUGAAACAGUACAUCCUCUGACACCUCAGUAUAAUGCUGAUGCUCAGGAGCUGAUUAUAGAUGCAACUGCAAUUUCAGUCCGUGUGGAUCAAGGAUUUACCAUUACAUGGAGGGCCAGUGUCUAAGUAUGCAUUAUGUUUUGUUUUUGCACUUGGUGAAUAUUUAGCAUACUGUACAUAUGUCAAUUUAUACAAUUAGACAUUUUUAGGAAGUCGAAUUUCCUUUCUUAGGUGAUUCAUGUAAAUCUUGACAGACAUCAUUUGAACAAAUUAACACGAUAGAGCUGAAAUGUAUUUUCACAUUUUACCGAAAAGUCCGAAUUUCAAAUUUAAAACGUAACAUUUGUGUCUAACUAGCAAUUAGAAAUUGCCAUCUGUCGUUGUAGCUACGUCAAAUUUGAAAUGAAACUUUUACUUUUGUACAUGCUACAGGUUCAAUGUGUAAUGAAUUUUCUGCCUUUUGACAUUUGAUGUUUGGACAACAUGUAUUUGGAUGAAAACAAUGUUUGUACUGUUUUUCUUUUAUAAUUAUACUCUUAAAACUAACGUAGCGCAAGACUUUGGGAAAGAAGGUCUUCAAUGGGCACAUUUUCUCAUUAACAGUGAUUACCUUCAAGUGGAGUAAUUAACAUGCACCCAUUUGUAUGAUAUGAUUAGCUGUGGUAAUGAUUGGUUGAGUGAUUAGGAAAAAAAUAUAUUCCAAUAUGUAAGUGUAAUAGUGCAUAGGAGAGUGAAUCUACCGUAUUUUCCGCACUAUAAGGUGCACCUAAAAACCUCCAAUCUUCUCAAAAACCGACAGUGCGCCUUAUAAUCAGGUGCGCCUUAAAUAUGGACCAAUAUUGAGCCACUACAGCAGGCGUGUCCAAAGUCCGGCCCGCGGGCCAAAUGUAUAUAUUUUAUAUAUGGACAAAGUUUUAAAAUGGGCCAUUCAUUGAAGGUGCGCCUUAUAUAUGCACAAAGUUUUAAAUUGGGCCAUUCAUUGAAGGUGCGCCUUAUAAUCCGGUGCGCCUUAUAGUGCGGAAAAUACGCAAGUUAAAAGUAAUUAAAAAAUGCAUUACCUGCAUGUAUGAGUAAUACUCUGAAAUUACAUUUCUUUCACCACAAAGAAAUGCUUAAAAACCAUCUUCAUCCGUGCCAAGCAAGGAAGCAGAUGUUCAUGAUAAAAUUAUAAUAGGAAGCAGUGCUCAGUGGAACGAAUAUCUCAAGAGGUAUGCAUUUGAUAAGUGGAAAAGCUUUGAUUUAGGAAAGUCCUGAUGCAGUAACUGAUCCCCUUAAGCGGAAUUGUCAUAAACACAAUAAUAAACAUUAAAAAC